AUGACGCAACUCCUGGUUAUUUCACUUCCUCGAUCCCUAUUCUUUGGCCCUGCCCUCGUGCGCAAGUGCCGAAAGGACGGAGGGUCGAUUCAGGGCUUGCUACAAAGAGUGGAUGCGCGUCCAGGUCACGAUCUCAACGAACUCCGGCAAGCCACCGGCUUCCCCGAGGCCGAGCUCCGCCGGCUCGUCGCCAAGAGCAUACGCCACUACGAGGAGUACUACGAGUGCCGGCGCAGCCUUGUACCAGAUGACGGCCCCACCUUCUUCUCCCCUUCCUGGUGUAACUCCUUCGAGAACGCUUUCCUCUGGAUUGGCGACUGCCGACCCUCCAUGUUCAUCCGUCUUCUCUACUCCCUCAGCUUCCCCGUCCUCGAACUCUACAACGCGGCGGUGCCAGAGGCGGCCUUGGAGGAGUACGCGGAGGCAGCGGCGAGGAUGGUGUGA